CACGCGAACCCAGGUGGAGCGACCUAAAGAUGAAAGGCUGGGGUUGGCUGGCCCUACUCCUGGGGGCCCUGCUGGGAACUGCUUGGGCUCGGAGGAGCCAGGAUCUACACUGUGGAGCUUGCAGGGCCCUGGUGGAUGAACUGGAGUGGGAAAUCGCCCGGGUGGACCCCAAGAAGACCAUUCAGAUGGGAUCGUUCCGGAUCAAUCCAGACGGCAGCCAGUCAGUUGUGGAGGUUCCUUAUGCCCGCUCAGAAGCCCACCUCACAGAGCUGUUGGAGGAGGUGUGUGAUCGCAUGAAGGAGUAUGGGGAACAGAUUGACCCUUCCACCCACCGCAAGAACUACGUGCGUGUUAUGGGCCGGAAUGGAGAAUCCAGUGAACUAGACUUACAGGGCAUCCGAAUCGAUUCAGAUAUCAGUGGCACCCUCAAGUUUGCGUGCGAGAGCAUUGUGGAGGAAUAUGAAGAUGAACUUAUAGAAUUCUUUUCCCGAGAGUCUGACAAUGUUAAAGACAAACUUUGCAGUAAACGGACAGAUCUCUGUGACCAUGCCCUGGACAGAUCUCACGAUGAGCUAUGAAUCACUGCAGCAGCUUAGACCAGCUCGAUGGAGCGCCCCCAGGAGGGGAGAUGGUGGCAUUGCCUUUUAUAUUGUUUUUAUGGAAAUGAACUGAAAAAAAAAUGUCUGAAACCAA